AUGAACAACGAGCAGUUCCGACGGCUGAUAGCCGACAAUACCUCCUCGGCCAAGUCUGGAGAGAAAUCCUCACCCUCGUCCCGAAAUGCAGCCCCGGGCAGCGCAACACCAGGCGGCGGGUUACUCGGUUCGCGAAUGCGAUCCAGCAUUCCCAUGACCCCGCGCGCCGUAACUGGUGUCGAUUUUGCCCGCCAGCUCGCAGAACAGCGUCGCGAAGGAGGCGACCGACCCACAAAACGUUUCAAGUCCUCUGCUGCACCGAAGGGCUCCAAGUUACCAGCCGGCUAUCAAGAUCGCGCACAACUGCGCAAUGCGAAUGCUGAAGAAGAGGGAGAUGAUAUCUCGAAGCGCAUCAAGGCGCUGGAGGAUAUGGUGAAGCUGGGCCAAAUUGACCAGGCCACAUUCGAGAAAUUGCAAAAGGAGCUUGGAGUCGGUGGAGACACUGGAAGUACGCAUAUGGUCAAGGGUCUGGACUGGGCAUUACUACGCCGAGCCAGGGCCGGCGAAGACGUCUCACAGGCACCCGAGAAAUCGGAGCCCGCUCCCGCGGACGAAGCGCUUGUCGGCGAAGAUGCGGACGAGGCAUUUGAGCGCCUCAUGGAAGAAAAGGGAAUGGAAGAGAUCCAAGCUGCACCAAAAGAACAAAAGGAGAAGAAGAAGGGCACGAUGGCGCCCCCGCCAGCACGGAAGAAGACCAGGGAUGAGAUUCUACAGGAGUUGAAGAGUAAGCGGGCUGCUGCGAGGGUGCCAGCUCCACCGCCUGAGUCAGUGUUGGGAGCUAAGUUUAAGAAGCUUGGUGGUGGCAAGCCGGAGAAGAAGCGAUUUGUGGAGACGGAUGAGAGUGGAAGGAGGAGGGAGGUUUUGCUUAUCACUGAUGCGGAGGGCAACACGAAACGGAAAACACGCUGGCUUGAUAAGCCUGGUGAAUAUGUUAAGCGUGAUACGAUGCCUAUGCCAGAUAAGGAUGCGAAGCCUCUUGGUAUGGAAGUUCCGGCUGAGAUUGCGGCUAAGAUUGCUGCUAGCGCUGCGCUAGAAGAGGAUGAUGAUGGCGAUAUCUUUGCGGAUGUUGGCGCCGAUUAUAAUCCUCUUGCUGGUAUCGAGGAUGAAGAUGACUCUUCAUCCGAUGAAGAAGGGGAGGCGAAGGAUACAGUCAAGCCACGGAAAGAGGAGAAGGCUGUCCAAGACGAGAACCAGAAACCUGCUGCUGAGGCACCUUUUUCCAAACCUCGCAACUACUUUGCUACUGCUUCUUCUUCUACGGCUGCUGAAGAAGAGCCUGAAGACCGUUCCAACCCUCUCACAAAGGACCCGACUAUUCUCGCUGCGCUUAAGCGAGCAGCCGCUCUCCGGCAGGCCUCGCCAUCCGCUGAAGACGAGGGCGACUCCACCGAGUCUUCCCUGCGGCAAAAGAAGUUCCUCGAGGAAGCUCGACGACGGGAUGCCAUGGAUGCUGCGGAUAUGGAUCUCGGGUUUGGAGGCAGUCGGAACGAGGACGACGAAGAUGAGGACGCUGUGCUACUGGACUUUGAGGAUCGUGGUGCCAAGAAGCGGAAGCGUGGACCCAAGAAAAAGAAGGGAGACAAGGACAGUGUGGAUGAUGUGAUGCGUGUGCUGGAGGGACGACAGAAGGAGUCGAGGUAG